AUGGCCGGAGGACGUCUUCAGGGCAAGAAUGCCAUUAUCACCGGGGCUGCAGGUGGAAUUGGCCUUGAGACAACUAUCCUUUUCGCACGCGAGGGCGCCUCCGUUCUCAUGGCAGAUAUCUCCGAGCCAGCCCUCAAAACCGCCCUCGAAAAGGUAAAGAAGGUCGUUCCAGAAGGCGCCAAAGUCGAGACGAUAAAAUGUGAUGUUUCCAAAGAAGCCGACGUCAAGGCUAUGAUUGACCAUUUGGACGCCUGGGGUGGUAUGGAUAUCAUCUUCAACAACGCCGGUAUCAUGCACGCAGACGACGCAGACGCCCUUGACACCCCCGAGAAGAUCUGGGACUUGACUCAAAACAUCAAUGUCAAGGGUGUCUGGUUCGGAUGCAAGCAUGCCGUUGCCAGUCUUCGCAAGAACAAGAAGGCCAAGGGAAGCAUCAUCAACACUGCUAGUGUCGUUGCUCUUGUUGGCAGUGCUACCCCACAGCUUGCAUAUACCGCGAGCAAGGGAGCUGUGCUCGCCAUGACCAGAGAGUUGGCGAUUGUGCAUGCCCGCGAGGGAUUCCGAUUCAACUCUCUGUGCCCUGCCCCAUUGAACACCCCUCUUCUCCAGGACUGGCUUGGUGAUGAUGCUCCAAAGCGUCUCAGACGUGAGAUUCACUUCCCAACUGGCCGAUUCGGAGAGGCCGUUGAGCAGGCUCAGGCCGUUUUGUUCUUGGCCAGUGACGAGAGCAGCUUUGUUAACGGCACUGAUUUCGUCGUCGAUGGUGGCAUGACCAAGGCAUAUGUUACCCCCGAGGGUCCAGCAACCGAGGCUCCCAAGAGCCUUGCUGCAUGA